UUUUUGGUCAAACCCUCGUGCGUCCUUUCGCAGCAGCUAAACAAACUUAGUAAACUUGAUGUACACAUAUGCAAGAGAGCCAGUCCCAGCAUAGUUGGAUGUGAGUGACUCCGGGCUUCCAACAAACCUUGGUGGUCUUGGAAGAAUCACUGUUUGUAUCAGCAGGCUACAUGUAGCUGUAGAUGCGUCCAUGCGAUCAGCAUACUGACUGUGACUAAUGAUGGAUAAAAAGCAGCCCAGCAUUCCAGGCUAGGCUAUAUAAAUGGCUGGUGUGCCUCUCUGAAGUUGUCACUUUCCAGGCUACUAUCAACAAGACAGGUGCACUUGGCCACUGUUAUCAUAGGAAAGAGUGAGACGAAUGUCAGAAUGGAACAACAGGGUCUAAGCAAGCUUGCAGAUGGCUACAAGAAGCACAUAGCUGGGGAGAUGAAGGGCUAUGAGACGCUCCGGAACUUGGAUCUGGUCGUUGUCGACAACUCGCUCCGUGAGAGUACCGUGGCCCAGCUUCGGGGACACACCCUGCAGAAUAAGUGGAAGAUCUACGAGGAGGUGAAGAAGUGCGGUUUCAAUUACACCAUCGUGGCAUCGUUCUCUCAUAUGACGCGCGUCGACGAUGUCUUCGUGCAGGAGCUUUGUGCCAAAGAGAAGCAGAACCGCAGCGGCCUGUUGUCGUUUUCUGAGUUGGUUGACGGUAGCGUGGUAAUGAAGAAAGGUAAAGACCACCAGGUUGAUAUCCCAGAUGAGUACCUCACCGCUGUCCCAAUAGGACUGCAGAAGCUCAAGAGCUAUGGCGUUCCCAAUGCCAUCAUCGAGAUCGACCUCAAUGAUGGUGUCUACAACUUCAACCUCGCCAAGUUCCCUCUCGAGGGCUUCUGCCACCUCCUGGAAACCAGAAUCAAAUGGUGUCACAAAAACCUGGACCCCAACAGUCAGGUCUUCGUGAACAUCCGAGAUUUGGCCGAGAUCAUGCCCAAGGAUCCCGAGAGGGUCUUCCAGGUCGUGGCGUUUCUUGCCAAGCUACCAACGGAGAUUCGUCCUGCCGGGGUCUUGUUCGAGGAGCCUGAGGGUAAGACGCUCCCGGAAGAGUGUGGGGCGUGGACUAAAUAUAUUCGGCAGGUCAUGAAAGACAAUGGAUGGAAUGGACACCUGUUAGUCCACAUCCACGAGAGGUACGGUUUCACAGAGGCUUCUGUGAUGCAGUCGCUUAUGAAUGGAGCCAAUGGGAUAUGGGCCAGCGUCUGCACUGAAGGUGCCUUCAUGGGCCACGCCUCAACUUGUGGUACCAUCAUGAACCUUGUCAGGUUUGGCAACACCAAGGUUCUGAAGAAGUUCAACUGCAAGUACCUGCGGAAGGCCGCCAUCAAUGUCACCCGGUUGACAACGGGUAAGGACCCGGCACCGAAGCAGCCCUUCUAUGGCGGUAGAGCCCUGGACUACGUCUUCUCCAUGACAUGCAGUCAGUUUGAUCUGGCCGAUUUCUUCGGCGAGAAGCCACUGAUUCGAAUCUCCACGCUAGCAUCCGAUAAGAUGAUCUGCGCCCAGCUAGAGAACUAUUUCGGGAAGGAUGAAGCAUUUACUAUUGAACAGGCUCACAAGAUGAAGGCAGUCAUGCUGGAAGAUCUUCAGGCGAACAGAAAGGAGGAAUACAUGAGUGCAGUCGGUCUGGCCGUCCUCUUUGACCGUGCAGGCGGCUCCCUCAACAAGGUGAUGCUAGGCGCCAUCGAUAAAAUGCAGCUAAAGAGUCGCCAUGCUCAGAAUCUGCUGGCAGAGGUACGGAAGAUGUGGGACGUCUGGGACCUGAAGGACGGGGAGAAGGACGACAUGCUGGAGUACGACUCCUUCUACAAUGGAUUCAUGGCGCAGUUCUUCGGCUGCUACAAGUGUACAGACACCAAGAAGGCACUGAAAGCGAUAGAUAUGGACGCGGACGGACUGGUGGACUGGAAUGAGUUUGCCGUGUAUCUAAAGUGGGCCAUUCAUCAGUAUCCUGAGACAAAGGAUGCUGAAGAGCUUCUUGACAUUGCUUUCCGUAAGGGUAUCAUCCCGGCAAUGCACGAUGAGGUUCUUGGUGCCAAUUCUUAAAGGCACUGCACUCACUUGGUAAUUGUCAAGAUCAGUAGUCUCAUUCGGUGUUUCCCAAUAAUAACAAACCUGUGAAAAUUUGGGCUCAAUUUGUCACCGAAUUCACAAGAGAAUGGUGAAAGAAAAUACAACCUUGUUGCUUUACUUUUUGUUUCCUUUAGAUGCAGAAUAAAAGGCUUCAGCUGAAGUCUUUUAUAAUUUAAUU